AUGACGAAUCCUAUUGUGUACUUGGACGUGGAAUUUGUUGGUGGCCCACCGCCAUCUCGGCAGGGCGGUCACCGCAUUGUGCUGGAGCUCUUCAGGGACAAGGUGCCCAAGACGGCCGAAAACUUCCGUGCUCUUUGCACGGGUGAAAAGGGUACAGGAACAUCAGGUGUGCCGCUGAGUUUCCGUGGAAGUAUUUUCCAUCGCGUCAUUCGACGCUUCAUGAUCCAAGGCGGUGACUUUACCAACUUCAACGGCACGGGUGGUGAGUCUAUUUACGGCGAGAAGUUCGAGGACGAGAACCUUGAAGGAAAGCAUGAUGAGCCAUUCUUGCUUUCAAUGGCCAAUGCUGGACCGAACACAAAUGGCUCUCAAUUUUUUAUCACGACUGUGCCUACGCCGCAUCUCGAUGGUAAGCACGUCGUUUUCGGCCGUGUGCUUCGCGGCAAAGAUGUAGUGCGUCACAUUGAGCAGAGCCGCACUGGACCGAAUGACCGACCUGAGGAAGAUAUCAAGAUCGCCGAUUGUGGCGAGUUCUCUGCCGAACAGCUCCAAGACUCCUCGUUCAACUAUGGCAUCUUGCCCGAUGAGUCUGGCGACACGUAUGAGCCAUACCCAGAGGACUCAGACCUACCCCUUGAGGAAAAGCCUGACACUGCUCUUCAUGCUGCGCAAGAAUUGAAAAACUUCGGGGCUAAGCUUGUGAGCGAGGGAAAAUGGGCCCUAGCGCGUGAAAAGUAUGAAAAGGCCCUGCGUUACCUAUUUGUCAAUCCCCACCUGCCGGACCAAAAUGAGGCAUUUGUGGCUGAAUACUUUGCGCUUCGCACACCACUGCAGCUCAAUGCUGCGCUAUGUGCGCUCAAGACAGUGCCGCCCAUCCCUGACCAGGCAGAAGCACUCACCACGCAAGUAAUCGAGCGUGGAGCUAGGGGCGGUCUAGGUGCGCCUAAAGAAGCGGACCUGGCUAAGGCGCACUUCCGUCGCGCGCUCGCUCUCUCUGCGAUGAAGCGCGAUGAUGAGGCCAAGGCCGAUCUUUCACAGGCUCUCACUUAUGCACCUAACGAUGCUGGCAUCGCUAAGGAAGCUGCUGCACUCGAGAAGCGGCGACAAGCGCGCCUUGCAAAGCAACGUGCUGCAUACAGUAAAAUGUUCUCAUAG